CCAGCAGAUAGUUGAUCAGUUUGGAGCUCGUUCUCUUAUAGAAUGCUACGAACCUAUAGAAAGCUAUAGCAUCGGAGAGACCUAUUACUAUCAUGGUGAAAGUGACACUGAUCGUUGCCAUUGUGGCUGCUUUUGCUAUCUCGGCUCACGCACGAAGAGAUUUCAAUGAACGACGAGGAAAGGAGAAUGGCAGAGAGAGAGGACAAGGUGGCUUUGGAGGAAGGCCUGGUGGAAUGCAGACGGGUAGUCCUAGGCAAGAUGGUGGACCAAUGGGUGGAAUGAGGUUCGAUGGACCUGAAUCUGGUGCCCCACAAAUGGAUGGACGCAGACAAAAUGGCGGUCCGAUGGGUGGUAGGAGAUUCGACGGACCUGGAUUUGGUGGCUCCAGACCAGAUGGUGCUGGAGGAAGACCUUUCUUCGGCCAAGGAGGCAGGCGUGGUGAUGGAGAAGAAGAAACUGAUGCUGCCCAACAAAUUGGUGAUGGUCUAGGAGGGCCCGGUCAGUUUGAUGGUCCUGGACGUCGUCAUCAUGGUAGAAAGCCUUUCGGAGACCGUCCCUUCGGCAGACGCAACCAUACAGAAGGUCACCAGGGUCAUAAUGAGACGGGAGACCACCCCCAUCGUCAUCACAACAAGACCAGAGAUGGAGAUCAGGACAGACCAAUGUUCGAGAUGAGGCCCUUUCGGUUCAACCCCUUCGGUAGAAAGCCUUUCGGAGACCGUCCCUUCGGCAGACGCAACGGAACCGAGGAAGGAUCUCCCAGGCGUGAUGGCCAACGUCGGCCCCAUGGUAACCGAGGACGUUGGGGUGAGAAUGAAAGUGAGGAGAAGGAGCAUCCAACGACGGAAAGCGUAACGACAUCUUCACCACCUGACGUGGUCGAGAUCGCGAUCAAUGAUGUCGCCGAGGUGUAGAAUUUGUUUUUAAAAUAUUGCCUGUGUAAAUAUACAAAUAAUAGUCACCAAUGUCUUUCCUUGGACAUAAGCAUAUCUUACCAGAGACUACAAUAAUGUCAUACAAUUCAGAUACAAGAGACUGAAAGCCAGUGAAAGGUGCAUGAAAAUGCUGACGAAUUAUUAAAAUCUAAUUUUAUACUGAAUUUUUGAAGACUCGUUAAAUAAAAGUAUAUAACUGAACUCAUACAAA